CCCCCAGACCACCACCACUAUCCAUCCACCCAUUCUUUCCUUCUCAAUCAUUUCCCAUUUCCCAUCUCGACUGGCCGAAAAUGUAAGUGCGUUUUGGCGUGCAGCAGAAGCAGCAUGACGGUUCAUCGCCCAUUGACUUUGGAGUUUGUGGCAUCCUCGGCCGCAGUUUCCCAACUGCAGCAUCCGACGCCAUGCGUGAUCCCCUAGCACAAUACAUCUGCAUCUUGUCUCUCAACUUGUUUCCGGUUCUAUCCCGCCAUCCUUUUGCAAGUUGCCGCCCUGCGUGUCUCACACAUCUACGUCUUUCUUUCUUUGUUGGUCUAUUUUUGUCUCUCUUGCCUUAUGGGGCUGGGCAGACGUCCUUCCUAUGUCGGCCUACGGGCUCGGCUCGCGUUCCAAAUCCCUGGGCAACCUGCUUUCGGCCGGUGCAUCUCCUGUUGGUCGUUAAGCUAGGUCGUAGACUCACCAGAUCCGGGUACAAUGCCUUGAUCAACGCUGCAAAGUGCGACCGCGGCUACAUCAUCGUUUUCUCGGCCCGUCAGCUUCACGCUUCUGAACAAGACCAGGAGCUCGACCGACAACGUCGGGUAUUCAAGCAGCGAGCGGCGCGACCUGACUCUGACAGCAUGUACUGCAAGGCUCUGCUCUGCAUCUUGGUCCUGCCCUGCGCCGUCCGAGGCGCUACUGUCUCUCGCACGUCCGCUCUCACGACGACGGCUCUCCAAGAGGCACAGUUCGUCCCGGCCCACUCACCCGCGACCCAGGCUGGCUUCCUGGCCCCGGCCGCAUCGUGCCCUUUCUGCCUUCAUAGUACCCAACACAGCACCUCGGCCAAGGCUCCAACCACUAACGAUCAUUUCGGCAGCUUUGAUGGACAGUGUUUCGCGAGACAGUACGAAACAGAACCCAAAAGGCGCUUCUCCAGCAUUUGGCUUCAGUCUUGGGGCUCUGAGUCACUGACAGCUGCCUGCGAUACUGCGUACCUAGUUACUAACCCGGUAGGCGCAGAAAAGCAAAGCGACCCAAAGCAACCCAAUUUAACUAACAAUAACCUCCACCGAGCCCAGAUGCUGGAUCUUGCCGAACUUCCAUCGGUCGACUCCAUCGGUCCAACGACCAGCCAUUCAUCUGUCCUCCCCCAUGCGGCCAUGCCCCAUGCCAAUCCCAUCUUCAGGGACUGGUGGAUCACGGUGGCUUCCGGAUACUCUGUCGAUACUUACCGCCCAAAACUAUCCCCAGCCCCCAUGCGGUACUCCGCGGCACAGUACAACCACGCCACACUCUGCGAAUACGUACCCGUCGUCAAGGACCCCUUCGCAAUGCCAUCAAGCCUGCUCCAGCCUACUCCAGCCAAUGCCGGGUUCAUCCCGUUUCCAAAAUUAGCACCGAAUCCUCUUUUCUUUCCAUCAUGCAGGGACGCACAGCGCCCGUUUCCCCCUCCCCAAGUCAGAAUGUCGUCUUAUCUUGCCUCACCCGGACUUGUUUUGUGGUUGUCCAACGAUGUGAGAGUGGCAUUUGCGGAGAGGAUUCGCCUCCGACGCGUCGCUGGCAUCAUUCUUGUGGCUGCAACCGCACCUCGCGUUACUCUACUGUAUCCGUCCUGA